UGCGGUAACAUUUGGUUGCUGAGCUUUUCUGAACAACAACUCGACUACAACACUGGCUAAAGGAAGCUACCAACUGCCUAGAAAUUGGAAAAGUGUCCAAGACAUCCUAUAGAUCAAGGUGGAUUAUUUUUCCCCCCGCAUUUCAAGAGACUUUUCACAGUUGCCUUCUGCAAAAGCUUUGGACCCUCCUUCUGUGCCAUGUUUUGUGGCUCUCACUAUAAGAGGAAUUUGUCUUGAUGAAGAUUCCUAACAUUGGUAAUGUGAUGAAUAAAUUUGAGAUCCUUGGGGUUGUAGGUGAAGGAGCCUAUGGUGUUGUACUUAAAUGCAGACACAAGGAGACACAUGAAAUUGUGGCUAUCAAGAAAUUCAAGGACAGUGAAGAAAAUGAAGAAGUCAAAGAAACCACUUUACGAGAGCUUAAAAUGCUUCGCACUUUGAAACAGGAGAACAUAGUGGAGCUGAAAGAAGCCUUCAGAAGAAGAGGAAAAUUAUAUUUAGUUUUUGAAUAUGUGGAAAAAAAUAUGCUUGAAUUGCUAGAAGAAAUGCCAAAUGGAGUUCCACCAGAAAAAGUGAAAAGCUACAUCUACCAGCUAAUUAAAGCAAUUCACUGGUGUCAUAAGAAUGAUAUUGUUCAUAGAGAUAUCAAACCAGAGAAUCUCUUAAUAAGCCACAAUGAUGUUCUGAAGUUGUGCGACUUUGGCUUUGCUCGUAAUCUCUCCGAGGGCAGCAAUGCUAACUAUACAGAAUAUGUGGCUACGAGAUGGUACCGCUCUCCUGAACUCCUGCUUGGAGCCCCCUACGGAAAGGCCGUGGACAUGUGGUCGGUGGGCUGCAUUCUGGGCGAGCUGAGCGACGGGCAGCCCCUGUUCCCCGGCGAGAGCGAGAUUGACCAGCUCUUCACCAUCCAGAAGGUGCUGGGCCCCCUGCCAGCCGAGCAGAUGAAGCUCUUCUACAGCAACCCUCGCUUCCACGGCCUGCGGUUCCCUGCAGUUAAUCAUCCACAAUCUUUGGAGAGAAGAUACUUGGGAAUUUUAAGUGGUGUGUUACUUGACCUUAUGAAGAACUUACUAAAGCUAGAUCCAGCAGAUAGGUAUUUGACAGAGCAAUGUUUGAACCACCCUUCAUUUCAAACUCAAAGACUCUUGGAUCGCUGUGGAAGUUCUCCUUCGCGGUCAACCAAGAGGAAACCUUACCAUGUAGACAGCAACACGUUGUCUAACAGAAAUCAAGCCAGCAAAAGUUCUGCCUUGCAGUCACAUCACAGAUCAAACAGCAAGGAUAUACAGACUCUAGGGGUUGGCCUGCCAAGAGAAGAAGGUCUUCCAGCAACUGAAAGCUUUUUAAAUGGGAACCUCCCUGGAGCUGCACCUAGCCCAAUGCACGCAAAAAAAUCAAGCAACCCACCCGGGUCUGGCAACAAGGAUCUAGCCAAUAAUAACAUGCCCCAUCUUCUCAGUCCAAAGGAAGCAAAAUCAAAAACAGAAUUUGAUUUUAAURUGGAUUCAAAAAGCUCGGAGGGCCCCGGUACAAAGUACCUGAAGCCAAACACCAGAUCUCAGCAGAACCGGCACUCGUUUAUGGAGCCUUCUCAAAGCAAGACCGGGACGCUGCAGCCCGCUGAGAAGCAUAGCCGCCAUAGCUAUAUCGACACGAUUCCACAGUCUUCGAAGAGUCCUUCGUAUCGGACCAAGUCAAAGAGCCACGGGGUGCUCACCGACUCCAAGUCCGUGGGCAACCUCUCCGAGGCCAGGGCUCAGGCCGCGGAACCCAACAACAGCAGGUAUUUCCCAUCCAGCUGCAUGGACUUGAACUCUCCGACCAGCCCCACUCCUCCGCGCCACAGCGAGAACAGAACUUUGCUGAGUCCCUCUGGGAGGAACAACCGCAGUGAGGGCACCCUGGAUACCCGAAGACCCUCCACGAGACACUCCAAAACGAUGGAGGAGCUCAAACUGCCCGAGCACGCGGACGGAAGCCAUUCUCACUCGCUCUCUGCUCCCCACGAAUCUUUUUCCUAUGGUCUAGGUUAUACCAGCCCUUUUUCUUCACAGCAGCGCCCUCAUAGACACUCUAUGUAUGUGAGCCGGGACAGAGUGAGGUCAAAGGGCUCAGAGGGUGGCUUAAACGUAGGGCAAGGGAUGGCAGCCAGAGCAAACAGCCUGCAACUGUUAUCUCCACAGGUGCAGCAUAAGUCACUCACAAGGUCUGUUGGCUCCUCACGAGAAGACUGUACGGAAGAUGCUAAUAGGGGUGGAACAUAUCAUGAUCCACACACAGAAGAUGGAGCAUCUACUAAGGAAAAUAGAAUUCUCUAUAAUGACCCUGUUCCAAGAAGAGUUGGCAGCUUUUACAGAGUUCCAUCUCCGCGUCCAGAGAGUACAUACCUAGAAAACAAUGUGUCAAACAGAGCCCCUGUGUUACCAGCAGACAGCAGCACGGUGGCAAACCACUCAAAGAGACAAACCACCUUUGAUACCUGGAAAAGUCCUGAAAAUCUUAACAGUCACUCUGAGCAGCUCAAGGAGAAAGAAAAGCAAGGGUUUUUCAGGGCAAUAAAAAAGAAAAAGAAGAAAUCUCAAACUAUGCCUAGUAGUGAUGGUCAGGAUCUUUUGGCACUGCAGAAAGCCAUUCACACUUCUAAUCACCAGAGCAGCAGGCAAAAGGAUUGGCAUCCCGAGAAGGUGACAGAAAUCCAGCCUCAUAACCAGCCAUUAAAAUCUCUGCGGAAGCUGUUGCAUCUCUCCUCCUCAAACCACGCCGUCCCGGCCGAGCCUCGCUUCCAGCCGCUGCCGGGCCAGCCGGCCAAAGCCUCCUUCUCCGACGUGCGCAUCCACCCCAUGGCCCAAAGCUCCGGCGGCGGCGGCGGYGCCGCGCGGCAGGAGCCGCAGCCCAAGGCCCGGCCCACRCUGCAGAUGCCCGGCCAGCUGGAGCCCGCCUGGCACGUGGCGCCCGUGAGCAGGGGCGCCAGCGACGGGCCGCCCUACUCCGAUCAGCUGCCUGCCAAGAGCGGGCAGAACGGGCCCGCGUACAACCGAACCAACCGGGCCCGAAUGCCGAAUCUCAAUGAUUUGAAGGAGACGGCCUUGUAA